AACGUGCACUCGGCGGUGCUGAUCGAGGACGUGCCCUUCACCGAGGAGGACUUCAAUGACGGUCCGGAGCGCAUUUAUGGGCUGUACGAACGCGUGGGCACCAACUGUUUCGUGGCUGCUGGGCUCUACCUGUUGUUGGGAGGCUUUGCUUUGUGUCAGGCGCGGCUCAAUAAGAGGAAGGAGUACCUCGUCCGCUAGUCGUCGUGGCAACCAACUCCAGAAAGACCCCCGCUGCUUCCCCAAAAGACCCCCAUUUGCCCCCCAUAUCCUGGUUCUGAUCCCGGUGGUGGUGGUUGGAGGACCUGGAGGUGGUGCUUGGAGGACCGACUGGUUUGGUUUCUCUCUUACCUACAAUGUUCUGACCCACACGGUGUAAUAAAUGAUGUUGUUCCCUACUGCUGUGUAAAGUUUCGGGUGUCUGUUACCAUGGAGACCCCCAAAAGACCCCGUUUGCCCCCCAUAUCCUGGUUCUGAUCCCGGUGGUGGUGGUUGGAGGACCCGGAGCUGAUGCUUGGAGGACCGACUGGUUUGAUUUUCAUCUUACCUACAACGUUCCAACCCAAACACUGUAAUAAAAAAUGCUGUAUUGUA